UUGGAGCCCCCACCACUGGCACCAGGAGGCCUCUCUUCAGCCAGAUCAUCUCGUGCGGAGAUGGGCGGCAGGAAGAAGGAAAUAGGAGCACACAAACUUCUACCAGAGCAUGUCCAAGCGCAGGUACCGUGGCAACUUUUCAGGAUCAGCAUGGCUUCGGCUCUGCAACAACUGCUUCGCUGGCGGGAGAUCAUCGAGCAAUUGGAGCUUGAGCGUCCAGAAGGUUUGCAAGGGAAGUUGGCCCUCACUUCGUAUCGGUGGCUCACCACACUCCGGCACUACAUGCGUUCAAAGACCGCAACCAAUGGGGAAGAAUUCCAGUCCUAUGUUGACCGUGGCCAGUACACCCUCUCCAUGGCCGGAUUCGACAUAGGUUAUGCCUGGCAAUACCUGGGGAACGUGGGCCCAGCAGGUCGUAUGUAUUGGGAUCCGCAGACUGAGAAGGGACAGCUCAUCAUGGUGCACUCCUUUGCGACAGCAAGAGGAGUGAUGAGUUGCGGCGAGUGCCGCGGGGAAGCACCCGCUUAUUUAGCGAGACAACUGGGUAUUGUGCAGGAGAAGAUCUUCGUCAAUUGGCGAACCUCUUUCUUGUCGGUUUGGAGACAUCUCGAAGGCGUCAUGUUGGCGAAGAUGUGGCUGACCAUCUCCCUGGAAGUCUCUGCUCACGUACAAGUCUUGUCAGUCUUGGCACAAGAGUUGCAUAGCCAUCUCAAUGCCUGUCGUCUGAAUCUCUCCACAGAGGCUCCAACUUCCUGGGUGUCCUUGGAAUGUUCCCAGGCCAUGUUGGCUCCUCAGAAGCUACCCUUGUUGUUGCUUCAAGCUUUCCGACCUCACGCUCUUGCCACGCCAAGCCUGGAUGCUAUUUGCGAGCUAUGGCUCCUCUCCAGCAGCAUGCGGCCCACAACAGCAAAGGCAGUUGCCCCUCUGACAGCCUUUGCUUGGCGCUUUUGUGAGGCCACUCAGCUCUUGUCGUGGACAUCGCAUCAACGUGUGGUGCAUUCCGGACAUGCCGGCCGCAGCUCCCAGGCGGACAUUGGUCGAACUCCUCGAGGUUCACCGGGGCUCUGGCAGCUCCGAUUGCUGUGCGAGACAACUGUGAAGAUCACAGUCCAGGUGCGGAGAUCACGGCGUUUGGCCAAAGGACGUGCAUCCUCGGAAGAUAGCAAGAUCGACAACUUGAGGACUCGGCCGGAAGGUGGAUCAGAGUUGCCGUUGGAACCCGGAACUUCAAGUUCAUUUCGUCGACCCUCCGUAGUGCGCGACCGUCGGCCCUCAGUGGCACGUGAACGUCGACCCUCCGUGGCUCGCGAAGAAUUGGAAUCAGAACGGCCUCGACGACCAACAGUGCAAGGGGCGCUGCUGCAAGAUACCUUGGCGCCUUCCUGGGCCCGGGCUUGCCUUUAUCGUGCGUUCCAGUUGUGCUUCUUGGACGGAGACUCCUCUGACGGUGCAUCAGAACUCAUGAAGCUCUUGAACGUAUCACAGGACGAUCUCAGAGCCGUCAACGAGCAAAUUGACAAGGUCAGCUUGGAGUCACUUGGCCGGCAAGCGUUGAUCCUGCCGAUUCCUGCCGUACUCGGCUCCUUCGUUGUUGAAACGUUUCGUGUUUCAUGCGUGUUUCUGGAUGUCAAGCUGAGGGCGGAUGCCAAAGCAGUCUUGGAGGAGAUGGGUUUGACGGCCAGGGAGAGCCAGAUCCAAGCAUUGCGGCGGAUGAACUCGUGGGUGGAUCAGUGUCACUCAGAGACUGACUACUGCAUUGGCAUGCCGUGCAACUGGCAUGUCCUAGUGCUUGGCGCCGUGGCAGUGGGAAAGUCCUCCUGCAUCGAUGCCUUGUCACGUCAGGCUGAACCGUGGGAACUUCGGCGUCUCAACACCACGUCUUUGGCCUUGGAUGCCUGCGAUGCUCUGCAACGGCCGGUGGCAGGAUCAAGUCGCUUGUUGCCUCCCAACUCAUCGAUGGGCAUUUUGGACACAGGUACAAGGCUUCCAGGGAAAACCCGCAAGGUCUUGGUGCACGUCGAUGGCGACUUGGGCCCACUGCAAGAAUCCUUCUUGGCAUCGCUCAACGGCAUGUCGGAACCUUGCAGCGCCAUGAGGCAAGGCUUGCAGAUCUCAAAGCAGUCAUGGCUCAAAUUACCAGGUGGUGUUUGUGGCAAUCGCUUGGCUGUGGCUUUUGAGAUGGGUGUUGAUGGAUGUCAAUCUCUCGGCCCCGAUCUGGUGACACGCUGUGGAGUCGUUCAUUUGAUGGAGGAGGAUCUUUCUGCUGAGCUCAGCUCCUUGGUACAGUCCUGGUGCAACCAGGCUGAAGCGCAUUUCGAGAAUGCCAACAUCAGCCACACGGUGCAAUGCCUUUGCAAAGAUGUGCUUGUGCCGCUUAUGCUUCUGGUUUAUGGAGACCAAAUCAAGGCCGGUACCAGUGGUCUUCUGGCUGAAGCAGCGCAGAAAUUGACGGAGCUUUCCUCCACAGCAACUGUCUCGGUGAGCAGGAAGACCAUCAAGAAGCGACCAGUGACAUCCAAAUUGUCCCAGCAGUGGGCGUUGCCCUCGAUGCCUUGUCGGGCACUCUUCCUGCGUGUGCAGCAAGCAUUUCAGGACAUCUAUGGCCACUUUGACAAGUUGGAUCACGAAGGUCGUGGUGAUGGAGACUUAGAGGUCGAUGAUCACAACCGCAGGCACCACCCUGCGCGCGUUGACCUCUCUCUGCCGCUGAACAUUUGA